UUGUGUCGUUCUCCCACCGGGAGACCACGAGAAAGAAACAGCUUUGCCAUGGAGAUACAGUACGCGCUAUGCAACAAAGACUUGAAACGUCACACGGGCUAGUUUUAACUAUAGCCAAAGCCACCCCCGUGUGACAAAGGGGGACGAAGACGACGAGUUGGAAACGAGGAAAGCUCGACUCCAUUUGUGUGGUGUCUGGCUUCAAGCCAGGAAAGAGAUUGAGAAAGGGGGUGGGGGGGAAAAACUAUGACGGGGCUGCCGAGGGACGUCACAAGAUGGCUGCAAGGCCUCGAACUGACCGUCCAACUAAUGAACGUACGCAGGGACUUUGCCAGUGGCUACCAUGUGGCUGAAAUGUUUUCCCGUUAUUAUCCAAGGGAUUUUGAAAUGCAUUCAUACAGCAAGGGAGCAUCGUUCUCUGCCAAGCAGGACAACUGGAACAAGAUACGCCGGACACUGCAGAAGUUGCGUCUGCACCUGACUGAGAAGUUGGUCUACGGGACUAUCCACUGUAAACCCGGAGCUGCUGAGUUGCUGGUGCAGCAGGUGUACUCUGUCCUGACCAAACACAGGCCUCGAACAGCUCAAAGCCCAGAGUUGGAUUUCUCUGACCAGAAGUACCAGCAGCUCCUCCCUCCGGUGGCUCGCUCCACUGCCACCUCGGCCGUGAAGAGCAACCUGAGAAAGAGUGAGAUCAUGGCCCUGCCUGACAUCCUCACCAACGGGAGGAGGGCUGAGGCCAUCAUCGGCAAGCACCUGCAGGACAAGAUUGCGGAUAGGACGGCGACGGACUGCGGGCGUUCAAACCUGGUGAGGUCAAGACUCAAACAGACGACUGGGCAAAACCUGGGUCGAGAUGAAAAGCACUCUCCUGAGAUGUGCCUCCAAUCACCACUCAGUGGUGCUGUUGUCUCGUACAAGACCAUCAAAGUGAACCAGCCUGCCAGAAGACUUCCACAAAGCUGUUAAAUCAAACAUGUGCCCGAACCAACCCCCACAAAAGAGAAAAACAAUUCAAAAGUUCAAAAGUGUCGUACAUUAGCUGUGACAUGCUCUUCUCCAAGUGCCCCCAAGGAUUUAUAAUUAUAGUACACUUUGCAGUAUUUCAGCUUCAAAUUGUUUAUUCCCACUCUGUUUAAAUUGACUGUCAAACUAAAUAGAAAACAAAGAGUGACACAUUUCUUUCUAACAUCCAUGUAGCUAAACGUUCAGUCGGCUAGCAUAAUGCUAACAUCGGCAAUGAUUACUCUUGAUGUGGCUAUUUAUAUAGCUUUAAGCAAUGGAUUCUUGAAGAUGAACAGUGUAGUAACAUGUAGACAGACAAUGUAAUACAGGUACUACCCACAGAAAUA